AUGAACAAAUGGCAUAUUACUUGGAGAACAUCUCAACUGGUCCAGCAGAUGAGCUAAUGCCUUUUCAGGAUUUGAUUUUAUUGCACAAUGCGUUAAACGGACUCCUUCGACAGCUGAAAGGGAUCUUUCAAUUGCCGAUUUGUUUGAUUGUGUGUGGCGAGUUCAUCAACGUAUUGGCCAAUUUAUAUGCGCAGCUAUAUUAUUAUGUUAUAACAAGAGCUUGGUGGUUAGCAUUCGUCUUCUAUUGCGCCAAGCUUUGCAUUGAAUUGUAUUUACUCAUCCAUGUGGUGCAUUUUUGUUGUAAACAGCAGAAGAGAGUUGCUCAUCUUUUCCUUGAUCGCGAUAUAGAUUUGAAGGAGGAAGCAGAGUGCCGCUUCGAGUUAACUCAUUCAGAUGCAUUGUGGCCGCAGUCAAUUAGAUUUGACAUUCUCGGACUUUUUGAGCUCAACAACGAGUUCUUGCUUUUUCUCAUUUCCUAUUCGGUUAAUUUUGUAGUUAUGAUUUUGCAGUUUGGAUUUUACACCAGUGUUGCCACCCAAAUCAUUUUCCACCUACCAAAUGUACCAAAACGUUUUUGA